AUGACGGCGUUCGUAUCGAUCCGAAUCUUGUUGAAGCUUGAGGUAAUAUUGCUCAAAACCCAUGUAAAUCUAGUUACAACACCAACAUCAUGUAUGGAGCAAUCACAACCUCGGCAGCAACGAGUUGAACAUCUCGAAAUAGCUGUCAAGUCCGCAUAUAUGUCCGCUGGAGGAUACAGCUCCGGAUACAUGUUAUCCAACGCCUCUUCGUCUGGAUACGCUUGUGAGGAUUAUGCUUCUGGAGGAUCUGGUGGAUCGAACAACACCAAUCCAGGAGCACAAGUCUUCAAGGCUCGUACUGAUCAAUCGUGCUACUUGGGUCCAUAA